UUCCGGUUUCUUUUUCCUCUCGCGAGCCUUGCGUCGCGGCUGCGUCGGGAAGUGACCUCCUGGCUUGGUUCGGCUGGAGCGUCAGUAAAGAGUGAAGAUUAGAUUGUAGGAACAGAAAAAUAGAAGCAAUGUUUCGAAGACCUGUAUUACAGGUGCUUCAUAAAUUUGUAAGACAUGAGUCUGAAAUAGUAAGCAGCUUGGUUCUUGAAAGAUCUCUGAAUCGUGUGCAGUUGCUUGGGCGAGUGGGUCAGGACCCUGUCAUGAGACAGGUGGAAGGGAAAAACCCAGUCACAAUAUUUUCUCUAGCAACCAAUGAGAUGUGGAAAUCAGGAGACAAUGAAGCAUACCAACUUGGUGACGUCAGUCAAAAGACAACAUGGCACAGAAUUUCAGUAUUCCGACCAGGCCUCAGAGAUGUGGCAUAUCAGUAUGUGAAAAAGGGGUCUCGAAUUUUUGUGGAAGGGAAAGUAGACUACGGCGAAUACAUGGAUAAAAAUAAUGUGAGGCGACAAGCAACAACAAUCAUAGCUGAUAACAUUAUAUUUCUGAGUGACCAGACAAAAGAGAAGGCGUAGAGUGGACCAUUCUUCUUCCACCACUGUUUGGUACAGUCUCAUUUCCGAAUCAUGUAUAGUCUUUAUAGUAUCUAAGGACAAUAAUUAAAAUAUUCUUUU